GCAAGCGCAUCGGCGCUGGGACUGCGGUACGCAUGUCCUGGGACAUAACGAGGCAGCUUCUCCUGCCAGCGGCUGUCGGCAACGUCCAGGGCACACUUCAUGUGAGCACGACACGCACGACGCAGCCCCUAAGGGAUGCCCAAAAUCACGUGCCGGCUGCCUACGUCAUCGUGCGUGACUUCCUAUCAACCGAUGAGGUGCACAAACUGCACGCGUGGUUCGUGGACCCGGUCUCGCCUGCCACUGCGACCACAUUUGAUGGAGAGCCACUUGACGCUGCUGCCAAGACUAUGGAGCCGACAGUCCUCCAACUCUAUGGGCAGCCGGAGCCUCUCGAGCGCCGCUUCCCAUCGAUAUUCCAGCGGUUGCUCGCACUCAAGGACGUGGUGGGCCGCGCUCUGGGGCUGGACGAAGAGGAGCUCGACGAGGUCACAUAUGCGCAGGACGUUCGGCACAUUACAUACCACGCCAAGCACGGGUGCCCAUGGCACGUCGACGACCCCGUCUCUCACUUCAACACGGUGAUGCUCCUGUCAAAACCGGGCGCAGACUUUGGCGGCGGCAACUUCAUGGUGCAUGCCGGGCCGUGCUUGUGCGGCGAUGAAGGCCGUCCGCUCGACUUGUGCCUGGGCGACGCCGUCAUCUAUUCGGCCGCCAAAGUCGACCACGCCGUCAGUGUUGUGACGUGUGGCGAGCGGCGCAUCUGCCUCGUCGAGCUGCGCAGGCGCUCGCUCGCGCGGUGUGGCCAGCGCCUGCCACGUGGAGCAACAGAGGGGUUGUGAAUUUUCUGUUCGACAUACAGGC